AUGCACAACCUGCUCCUCUCUGCAACACCCUUCCCAGUAUUCAAAGCCACGUCUUUCUCUCCUUACAAAGAUCGGCUCUCUUUGCGCGAAAGAGAGAUGUAUGAGAAUUUUGCAGGUCUAUUUGCCAUUAUAAAGGCAACAAAGAAGCUGGAGAAGGCUUAUGUGCGCGAUAUUAUCUCAGCUGCAGAGUAUGAAACUGAAUGCCAAAAGUUGAUUGCUCAUUUCAAAACCCUGUCGUCCACAUUGAAAGAUAUAGUCCCAAGCAUUGAGCAGUUCCAUGAUACGUACAAGAUGGACUGCCCGGCUGCCCUCAACCGGCUUGUGACAUCAGGAGUUCUGGCCACUGUUGAGCACCUGGCAGCUGCUGCUCUGUCGACCACUACCUCUGCUGCAAUUGUGGCUGAGUAUGUGCAGAAUUUUAUUACGGCUAUGGAUUCGUUAAAGUUGAACAUGGCUGCAGUUGAUCAGGUCCAUUCGGUGCUGUCGGAUUUAUCAGCUUCACUCAACAAGCUGACAAUAUUACCUCCUGAUUUUGAGGGGAAUACAAAGAUGAGAGAUUGGAUUGCGAGGCUGUCAAGAAUGGGUGCUGCUGAUGAGCUGACUGAGCAACAAGCCCGUCAGCCUCACUUUGAUCUGGAGUCAUCUUACAACUUGGUCGUGGCGGCAUUGCCCACUGCUGGCAGUUAG